CAGUUGUUGCUUCCCUAACGCUCAGUGGGCGACGUGUCUGCUGGAGCGUUUUCCCCCCACAGCGCUGCUGCUCCUGCUGGACUGCUGGACACCUCCAACCCAAACAUACACAGACUGCAAAGGAGUAGUGAUUUAUGUAGAAAAUGGGUGAAACAAGAUUACCGAGACACAUGUUUCUGUGGUGUCUAUCUGCAACCUAUGUGUUUGCUUUUGCAUCUAUUUACGUGCAGAUUCCAGGGCUUUAUGGCAAUGAGGGUGUGUUACCGGCUCGAUGGAUGCUCAGGAUCUCUGGUAAAAGUGUGUGGGAGCAGUUGAGAGACUUGCCCACCCUGCUGUGGUUUGGUCCCAAGCUUGGUCUUGACACGCAGCAGUGCAUGGAGCUGCUCAGUCUAGCUGGAGCUUUGCUGGGCCUGGCAGCUACAGCCAUACCCGCCCUUCGAGACUGCAGAGUCUACUUGGUGCUGUGGGUGCUCUACCUGUCACUCUACCAGGUGGGACAAGUCUUUCUAUACUUCCAGUGGGAUAAUCUGCUGUUGGAGGUGGGCUUUCUGGCCAUCGUUAUUGCACCCAUGAACAUGCCCUGGGGACGGAGGGUGAGCCUCCAUGACAACAUAACCUUCUGGCUGACGCGCUGGCUGCUCUUUCGUCUAAUGUUUGCCUCGGGCGUGGUCAAGCUGACCAGCCGCUGCCCCACCUGGUGGGGCCUCACAGCAUUGACAUAUCACUACGAGACACAGUGCAUCCCCACACCUCUGGCCUGGUUUGCUCACCAGUUGCCAGUCUGGUUCCAGAAACUUAGUGUGGUGGGCACGUUUGUGAUUGAGAUCGCUGUCCCUUUCCUUUUUUUCAGCCCUAUUCGCAGACACAGACUCACUGCCUUCUAUAUGCAGGUCUUAUUGCAGGUGCUUAUUAUCCUGACAGGGAAUUAUAACUUCUUCAAUCUGCUGACCAUCACAUUGUGCAUUUCUCUGUUGGAUGACCAGCAUGUGAACUUCUGGCUCUGCAGACGGACAGCCCAGAAAGAGCGAACAUUGUUGCAGACAGCCUUGUCAUGGGUUUGUUUGCUGGUGGAAGUGGCUGUUUAUGGACUAAUUGUCUACUGGACCAUCCUCUACUUUGACUUGAAAGUGGAAUGGAACAGGAAAAGCAUCUCCUCUAAAACAGCAUUUACACAUUAUGAGUUCAAUGGGUUUCUGAAGUUGGUCACAGUUCCCAGUAUUUGGAUAGGGGUUCUCUCUCUCACCUGGGAGAUUGUCACUGCCAUGUUUAGGAGUGCAUGUGUGAAGGGUAUAUUCCUGCGUCUGUGGAGCACUGUGCAGUGGGCAGUCUUUGCUGCAGCUGCUGCCUCCAUGUUUGCCAUUAGUUUGGUUCCCUACACAUACAUAGAGUAUGAGGCUAACAGUAAUAUCUGGCCCGGUGUGCGGAAAGCCUUUGAGCUGACUGACCGUUACCAGCUGGUCAACCCGUACGGGCUUUUCCGAAGGAUGACAGGAGUUGGGGGACGGCCAGAGGUAGUCAUCGAAGGCAGCAUGGACGGCAGCACUUGGACGGAAAUAGAGUUUAUGUAUAAACCAGGUAAUGUGAGUGCAGCACCCUCAGUGGUGACUCCGCACCAGCCUAGAUUGGACUGGCAGAUGUGGUUUGCAGCACUGGGGCCGCACACACAAAGCCCCUGGUUCAGCAGCCUUGUCCACCGACUCCUGCAGGGCAAGAAGGAUGUCAUAAGACUCAUUCAAACAGAUGAGUCUCAGUACCCGUUCAGUCAGCAACCUCCAGCAUACAUCCGUGCUCACCGCUACAAAUACUGGUACACGGAGCCCAAAGAGGAUGGGUCGUUUCCACAGAGAUGGUGGAGGAGGAUUUAUGUAGAAGAGUUUUACCCUGUUGUCCAUCUGGGUAAUGCUUUUUUGGAGCACAUGCUUUCACAGCACGGUCUGAAGGAUAAGCCUCCUGUGCGGCGGGGAUCAGACGCUUGGUUGCCUCGUGUGUUGAAGCAUGUUGGUGAGCAUGUGCGGGACGUGCCUACCCCACUGUUACUAUGGACACUCUUCAGCUCAGCAGUCACAAUCUGUGUGAUCAACUCUCUCCGCUCACACACUCGCUCUCCGCUGCACUCACAGAGAUCAGCCUCCAAAUACACUCCACAGCAGCCAGAUGGGAAAGAAGAAGAGGAAAAAAAGAAAAUGAAUGAGAAACAGGAGAAAGUGAAAGUAAUAAAAGAUGCAGAAAGAGAAAAGGAGGAAAGCAGGGAGGAGGAGGAGGAGGAAGGUGGGGAGGAGGAGGAGGAGGAGGAGGAGGAAGGCGGGGAGGAGGAGGAGGAGGAGGAAGGCGGGGAGGAGGAGGAGGUGCUGAGUGAUGAGAAUAAUGGAAAUCAUGAAGAGCCAGAUCAUCUUAGGAAAAGGAAAUGAACUUGGUGCUAUUUCCAUCUGUAGUUGGACUCAUAAACCAUCUCUGCUGGAGAAGUUGAUAUACCCAGUCCUUACUGCUAUACUGUCUCCUCCCCCUUAACAUCAGCACUUGUUAAUGCCUCUUUCAGUCAUAAUGUGCACACAUCCUCGCUCAUUUAGGAACAGUCAUGAGGCAUAUUUUAAUAAAGCUCGAUAACUUCAGCCAAAAGGGAGGAAUGUCCAAUGGAAAACACACUUCUGCUGGAUAGGCUUGAUUUGGGGCUUAACUUAUCUGGUUUAACUGUCAAAUUCUGCUUCAAAAAGGUCUUCACACAGCUGAUUGCCCUGUGUUUAGCAGCAGGAUGAGUAAACCAUUGAUCUUAAAUGUAGUUGUUGAAUAAGGUUAGAUCCAUAUCAAAUCCUUUGUUGUCUUCUAUAUCAAAACCAAUUAAAAGAUAAUUAUUAAAAUCCAUACAUACCGUACACUCUCUUACACCAAACUUUAUAUACUGAACAGGGAAUUUCACACUACUUGCUUUUUCCAAAUAUUUAAUAGGCUAUUUAAAUAGUUAAAACUUGACUUUUUGUGCAUGUGUGUGUUUAAAGAAAGGCUGUUGAUUGUGGCCCGUUGUAGUCAAACACUGAGGCUUCUCUGUUAGGAACCCACAUCACAUAAUUUUAAUUUAGCUUUUGUGCACACCUGCAUAUAUUCUCGUAUGACUCCUGUGUAAACUUUAUUAUUUAUUUGUGAUAGAAACCUUGACCAAUUUGGCUUAAUGACUUGUUUUGCCUGACACUGGAAGUCUGGCCCAUUACAUUAUUAGCUCCCGCCUUUCAGGGUUUCUGAACCUGUCGGUUGACUGGCCAACAGGAUUACACCUACAAAAGGCUGUGCCGUAGAUUCUGCUAGGGCUGAACAUUUUGGGGAAAAUAUUGAAUUGUGAUUUUUGUGACUAAUGUUGUGAUUGUGAUGUUUGUGCGAUUAUUUUCUAUACAUUUUCAGGCAUUUUUUGGUUGUUUUCUAGAAGACCAGCACAUCUGUUUUUUUUAAUGCUGACUGUAAUAUGCAGGCCUGCCAGUUCACAAGCUCUGUUAAUCUUAAAUUAAUUUUAAGAUGAAAUUUUCCCAUUUUUAGCAUUUAGUAUUAUAGAACAGAAUAAAAAUUGCUGCCCUUGCAAAGUGAAAAUGGAACUCUUUCAAACUGCCAUUUUGAUAUUAAAAAUGAUUGUUUAGCCUUAAAAUCUGCAGUUGAUUGUUGCUGAUCCAGUCAGAAGGUUUCUGACCUCAUUAAAAAAAUUCAGGACCUGGCCACAGCCAAUGUGCAGUUAUGCUGUAAUGUUUUCUAACAAUUCAUACUUUCUGGACCCUCAGUGCUUUAGGUUCAUUAGGGCCGUCUUAGCUGUUCAUCCUAAUGGUAAUGCAGUUGUGUGUUUGUUUGUGUUUGUUUUUAUGUUCAGUUCUUCAGCUUCUUGUUAAUGUGCCUCCUGAAUCCCUCAUUAUUAUUAUUUUUUUUUAUCCCCAGAAGUUGUGCACGUUUGCAUCUUGUUUCUUUUCCUCCUUUAUUGUGAUGUAUUUUCAAAGACAAAUAUGAAUCGGAACACAUUUUAUAUCAUUUAUAAUAAAACAUCCAUCUUUUUUGGUUCAAAAAGGAA